AUUGACAAAACUUCUCCGAACACGACACGACAAGUGCAACUUCGGACCCGCACAAACACUCCACACACAAACACACCCCCGAAGCCCUUGGAUUUUUCAGAUCCGUACUACCGAGUCCUUGAAAUUGCCACUUUUUCUCCAGGCGCUCUUGGAUCCACAGAGAGGGAGAGAUGGAGAUUUUCGGGAUCGAUUUCAGCUGCGCUUUCGGAUCUCUUCGCGAUGGGAAGAUCCCAGAAAAAGACUGUCUCCUCCCGCUGCUGUCCAAGCUCCUCGGCUAUGCCAUCGUUGCUGCUUCCACCACCGUCAAACUGCCUCAGAUAAUGAAGAUUUUGAAGCAUAACAGUAUUAGGGGUCUUAGUAUGGUGGCUUUUGAGCUUGAAGUAGUGGGUUACACUAUUGCUCUGGCAUACUGUCUACACAAAGGGCUCCCCUUUUCGGCUUAUGGUGAAUUGGCGUUUCUUCUUAUCCAAGCUAUAAUUUUAGUUGCUAUCAUGUAUUACUUCUCGCAACCAAUGGGAAUCAAGAUGUGGAUCAGGCCUCUAAUAUACUGUGCAGUAGCACCGACCAUUUUAGCUGGUCAAAUUGAUCCUGUUCUUUUUGAAGCAUUAUAUGCAUCUCAGCAUGCAAUAUUUUUCUUCGCAAGAGUUCCACAGAUAUGGGAAAACUUCCAAAACAAAAGCACAGGGGAACUCAGCUUCUUGACAUCAUUGAUGAAUUCUGCUGGUUCCAUGGUUAGAGUUUUCACGAGCAUCCAGGAAAAAGCACCUACAAGUGUUGUUUUGGGCUCAGUCAUUGGUAUUGUGACGAAUGGAACAAUCUUGAGUCAGAUCAUUUUGUACAGCAAGCCACAAGCAGCAAAAGAGAAGAAAAUGAAGUAGAGAGAUUUUUGUAUGCUGCCUUCCUGGUGCCGCGGGCGAUGUAUUUGCAAAGGAAGUGUGCUUUCUUGAAGAUUUCUUUCUUUUCUUCAUCUUCGUUAUUUCGAAUUAUAAUUUAAUUAGAUGCUCAACAGGUGAAGUAACUGGAUGAAAUGUGAUGCAGAUGCAUAUGCGACACCAUCUAUAAGUCUCUUGCUAGGAACUUUUGUUUUGCAGUCUGAGUGGUAGGAAUAUCUGGAAAGCACUCUCUGAGUGUUCUCCGGCAAAAAUCUGACAUACCAUGAUACUACACAUGUGUGUGCACCUUAGAUAAUGCAAUUCCCAUCUCAUAAUUUUAAUCACAUGCUAAUACAAUAUCCAUCAUCUUUUGUAUCAUGUAGCUGCUGUUGAGGCAAUAGUGAUUGCUCAGUGGUAUGGUAACGUGCAAGUCCGAAACCUUA